GGGCGAGCAAAAGGCGCGGCCGGCGGGGCCGGCCUUGGCACUGCAAGGCCGCGGAGCAGCGCAAGGAGUGCCACUCGGAGGAGCCCCGACGACGACGCCGCCUGGGCCGCGCUUGUUCCCUUCGCCGCACACAGCAGCCCCCGCUCGCCACCAUGCCGGUGAAGGGCGGCACCAAGUGCAUCAAGUACCUACUCUUCGGCUUCAACUUCGUCUUCUGGCUCGCAGGAACAGCUGUCCUCGCAAUUGGACUAUGGCUUCGGUUUGAUUCACAGACAAAAGACAUUUUUCAAGAAGAUAGCGAUAAGACAUUCUAUACAGGAAUCUACAUUCUAAUUGGAGCUGGAGCACUCAUAAUGCUUGUGGGUUUUCUGGGAUGUUGUGGAGCAAUACAGGAGUCCCAGUGCAUGCUUGGCUUGUUCUUCCUCUUCCUCCUGGUGAUUUUUGCUCUUGAAGUUGCUGCUGCCAUCUGGGGAUUUGCAAACAAAGACAAGAUUAUUGAUGGAAUACAGAAGUUUUAUGACAAGCUGUAUGAAAAAAGAAACGAAGAAAAUGCUAGACAGGCUCUGAUAGCCAUUCAGCGUACCCUUUAUUGCUGUGGCUAUGGGGGAACCAUAGAGGCAUUAUUUCGAGAUACCUGUCCCAAACCAGAAGGAAUUGUGGACUUAACACUGAAGCCAUGUCCUGAAGUCAUUAAGGAAGUCUUCACCACGAGGUUGAAUGUGGUUGGAGCCAUCGGCAUUGGAAUUGGGGUGGUGAUGAUCUUCGGUAUGAUUUUCAGCAUGAUCCUUUGUUGUGCUAUCCGUAGAAAUCGGGAAAUGGUCUAAAGUGACGUCCAAGCGUCCCCUUUCAAGAGAUCUUUAUUGUUAACUUUAGCAUUACAAAAGCAUUUCUAAAAUUAUAUUUGUUACUUUUUUAAAAAAAGCUUUACUUGUUACUGAUGUUCUUAGUUUAUUGCUUUUUAUGUUUAUAAAACUUUAAAAAGAUUCUACUGUUGAAAAGGUACUAUAUUUGUUAGUCUGCAGAUCCAAACAUCUUGUAUAUACAGUUUUUGUCUCUUAAUAGUUGUCAUUUUUCUUUAAACUUACACAUGGGAUGUAACUUAUGUUGGAGAAAAUUUGAUACUUAAUAAAGACCUAAGACCACCUA